ACAAUCAUAUUUGAAGCUUCUCUUCUCUUAGUUAACAUUCACAUUCACAUUCAAGUUUCCACAAACGCACUCACGUAUCUUAAGAAUGGCCCAAGCAAUGGCAUCAAUGGCAGGUUUGCGAGGAUCAUCACAGGGUGUGCUUGAAGGGAGCAUCCAGCUGAGUGGCUCAAACCGGUUGAUGAAUGUGGCAAGUGGAAGCAACAGCAGCAGGGUGGCUGCCACGUCAGCAAGAUCAGUGAGUGUGAGAGCACAACAUCAAGAAGCUUCUCCACAGAGCAGCAGAAGAGCCAUGCUUGGUGCUGCUGCUGCUGGUUUGGCUUCUGCUUCCUUUGUUCAGGCUGUUCUUGCUGAUGCCAAACCCAUCAAAGUUGGCCCUCCUCCUCCUCCCUCCGGUGGACUCCCUGGAACACUGAACUCUGAUGAAGCAAGGGACCUUAAGUUGCCAUUGAAAGACAGGUUCUUCCUUCAGCCAUUGUCACCAAGUGAGGCAGCACAAAGGGCAAAGGAGUCAGCAAAGGAAAUUGUAAAUGUGAAGCAGUUGAUAGACAAGAAGGCAUGGCCAUAUGUUCAGAAUGACCUCCGUCUCCGCGCCGAGUAUCUCCGAUAUGACCUUAACACUGUUGUCUCUGCAAAGCCUAAGGAUCAGAAGAAACCCCUCAAGGAUCUCAUUGGCAAGCUCUUCCAGGAUAUCAGCAAUCUUGAUCAUGCAGCAAAAGUGAAGAGCACCCCAGAAGCAGAGAAAUACUAUGCUGAGACUGUAUCUUCUCUGAAUGAUGUUCUUGCCAAACUUGGUUAAAUAUGAUUAGUAUUUUCAUGCUUUUUCCUGUCUAAGCUUUGUGUAUGAUCUUCUCAGACACUUUGUUUGACUGAUGAUAUUUGAAGGAAAUCAAAAGAGGGCAAGUUCAUUAUGAAUAA